AUGGUCUUCGUUCUGACGGAUGAUCAAGACCUUCACAUGGACUCCUUGUCCUACAUGCCGCUUUUGAAAAAACACAUAGCAGACGAAGGCUUAUCAUUUACACGACACUACUGCACUGUCGCCCUCUGCUGCCCAUCGAGAGUCUCGUUGUGGACGGGAAAAGCGGCACACAACACCAAUGUGACAGAUGUUAAUCCGCCUUACGGAGGGUAUCCUAAGUUCAUCUCGCAAGGCUUGAACGAUGCAUACCUGCCGCUGUGGCUCCGAGACACAGGAUACAACACAUACUAUGUUGGAAAGCUCUUCAAUGCUCAGACCGUGGACAACUACAACAAACCAGCUGCGGCGGGAUGGACCGGCAGUGAGUUCCUCUUGGACCCAUAUACCUACGAAUACCUGAACGCCACCUUCACUCGCAAUGGAGAAGCUCCGGUCUCGUAUGAAGGUCAGUAUAGUACCGAUCUGGUAGCCGAGAAGUCUUUCGGUUUUCUGGACGAUGCGCUGGCCGAUCAAGACAAAAAGCCAUUCUUCUUGACAAUUGCCCCAACCGCACCGCACAGCAACGUACACAUUGGCUCGAACCUCAUCGACGGAAAUUUCAGCGAGAACACAAAUGUGCAAAGUCCACCUAUCCCAGCUGAGCGACACAAGCAUUUGUUCAAAGAUGUCAAGGUGCCAAGGACUGAGCACUUCAACCCAGAUGAACCGCAUGGCGUCUCGUGGAUCGGACGUCUGCCGAAGCAGAAUAAAACCAAUGUGAAGGACAAUGACCACUUUUACCGCUCUCGACUACGGGCUCUGCAAGCUGUUGAUGAGAUCGUCGAGGAACUUGUAGAUCGGCUGGACAAGGCUGGCGUACUGGAAGAAACCUACAUCUUCUUCUCGACUGACAAUGGAUAUCACAUUGGCCAACACCGGCUGCAGCCUGGGAAGCAGUGCGCUUUUGAGGAGGACAUCAACAUCCCGCUCAUGGUUCGGGGACCCGGUAUUCCAAAGGGGCAGUUGACGGAUGUUGUCAGCAGUCAUACCGAUUUGGCUCCCACAUUCCUCAGACUCGCGGGAGGGGAGCUACGAGAUGACUUUGAUGGAUCCGUUAUUCCGUUGUCGGAAAAUGAGCUGAACGGAGACGAAACCAAGAAUGAACACGUGAACGUAGAGAGUUGGGGCAUCAUCAUGAGCGAGGGCAAGCAUGGUGCUGUACUAUACCCGAACCAUACCUACAAGGCGCUGCGAGUGAUUGGCGACAGCUACAACUACCUGUACACGGUGUGGUGUACAGGUGAACAUGAGCUCUACGACCUUUUGACCGACCCAUACGAAACAACCAACCUCCUACCACAAAACCACCCCUCCAGCAACACCGAAAGCCUCGACCACCCCACCUACCACAGCGACACCACGCCACCCGGCCUCACCAUCCAAACACACCCCAACGACCCAGCCCACCCCUCCCCACCAAUCCCCCGUCCCCUCAAAUCCAUCACCCACCGCCUCGAUGCCCUCCUCAUGGUCCUCAAAACCUGCAAAGCCUCCGCCUGCACGCAUCCCUGGAAUGUCCUGCACCCGAAAGGCGACGUGACGAAUUUGAAGGGAGCUUUGGAUCCGCGGUUUGAUGAGUUCUAUGAGCUGCAGCAGGAACGUGUGAGGUUUGAGAGGUGUGAGAAGGGGUAUAUUUUGGAGAGUGAGGGGCCUGUGGAUGUGAGGCCGUAUUUGGAGGGAAUUGGUGGUUGA